AUGGAGCUGUCCCAGCCGGAGCCCGCGCCGGGCCCGGCUCUCAGUCCGGCCGGCGUGCGCGGUGGCGCCGAGCGUCCCAGCCACCUCCUGGGCCUCCAGCUGGGAGCUCAUGGCCUCGUGGGGUCCCCGGAGCGCGCGGCCGCUUCCUCGCCGGUCACCACCCUGACCCGGACCAUGCACGACCUCGCCGGGCUCGGCAGUGAGACUCCUAAGCAUCAGGUAGGCAGCCCGCUCACAUGCCUAUCCCUGUCCCGGCGGCGCGCAUCUGAAUCCUCCCUGUCGUCUGAAUCUUCUGAUGCAGGUCUGUGUAUGGAUUCUCCCAGCCCCAUGGACCCCCAGAUGGCAGAGCAGACGUUUGAGCAGGCCAUCCAAGCAGCCAGCCGGGUCAUCCGAAACGAGCAGUUUACCAUUCGACGUUUCCAGUCCUUGCCGGUGAGGCUUCUGGGCCACAGCCCUGUGCUACGGAACAUCACCAACUCCCAAGCACCUGGCAGCUGGAGGAAGAGUGAGGCGUGUGGCCGAGCUGCCCGCAGCUCUGGGGAGGACAAAGAGAAUGAUGGAUUUGUCUUCAAGAUGCCAUGGAAACCCCCGUAUCCCAGCCAUGCCCAUGCUUUGGCAGAGUGGGCCAACCGCAGAGAAGCCUUUGCCCAGAGACCAAACUCAGCUCCCGACCUGAUGUGUCUCACCCCUGAGCGCAAGAUGGAGGUAGAGGAGCUGAGUCCCCCAGCCCGGUGCCGCUUCUCCCUGACUGCCACCCAGGGGGCCUCUGAAGAAGAUGAUGGAUUUGUGGACAUCCUGGAGAGUGACUUAAAGGACAACAACACGGUACCCCCAGGCAUGGAGAGCCUCAUUAGCGCCCCACUGGUCAAGACCGCAGAGAAGGAGGAAGAGCAGGACCUCAUCAUGUACAGCAAGUGCCAGAGGCUCUUCCGCUCUCCGUCCAUGCCCUGCAGCGUGAUCCGACCCAUCCUCAAGAGGCUGGAGCGGCCCCACGACAGGGACCUACCCACACAGAACAAGCGGAGGAGGAGCGUGACCCCUCCAGAGGAGCAGCGGGAGGCCGAAGAACCUAAAGCCCGUGUCCUCCGCUCCAAGUCCUUGUGUCAUGAGGAGAUUGAGACUAUCCUGGACAGUGACCACCGGGAACUGAUUGGGGAUUACUCCAAGGCCUUCCUUCUGCAGACUGUGGAUGGGAAGCACCAAGAUCUCAAGUACAUCUCCCCAGAAACGAUGGCAGCCUUGCUGGCAGGCAAGUUCAGCAACAUCGUGGAGAGGUUUGUGAUUGUGGACUGCAGGUACCCCUACGAGUAUGAAGGCGGGCACAUCAAGACUGCUGUGAAUCUGCCACUGGAACGGGAUGCUGAGACCUUCCUGCUACAGAGCCCCAUCACACCCUGUAAUCUGGACAAGAGAAUCAUCCUCAUUUUCCACUGUGAAUUCUCAUCUGAGCGCGGUCCCCGCAUGUGUCGUUUCAUCAGGGAGCGUGACAGAGCCGCCAACGACUACCCCAGCCUCUACUAUCCUGAGAUGUACAUCCUCAAGGGCGGCUAUAAGGAGUUCUUCCCGCAGCACCCGACUUUCUGUGAGCCCCAGGACUACCGGCCCAUGAACCACGAAGCCUUCAGGGACGAGCUGAAGACCUUCCGCCUCAAGACCCGCAGCUGGGCUGGGGAGCGGAGCCGGCGGGAGCUCUGUAGCCGCCUGCAGGACCAGUGAAGGGCCAGCACCGGUCCUGCCUACCUUCUUUGCCUCACUGCCUGGGUGCCAGCCACCCGGGUGCCUGCAGGGCUGAGGGUCUGCUGGAGGCCCCAGCUGCCAUCCAGGGGAAGGACAGUGAGGGUGUCCUGUGCAUCUGCCCCCAGCCCCAAUCCCCAAUCCCCAUUCCCCAUGUCUCACUGCGAUCAUACUCCAUAUCCUCGUGCCACCCCCAACCCCAGCCCAGCCCCUGGGAGAGCCCAGCCUGUUGCCUUGGUGAAACUGGAUUAAGUCCAGCUCAAAGGAAGUAUUUUGUGUCCAGCAGGAACCUUUUUGCUUUUUUUCCUUCCUUGUUUGAGUUUACCCUUUGUCUUCUUGUGUCCAGAAAAGCCCCCCCUCUUUCCUAGGCACUCUGUUUGUAUGCAGCUGGAGGAAAGUCCACAGCGCACCCCCCCCCACAACUGGGAUGGGCCAAAGCAGAACCUCUCCCUGCCCGGGGCGUUGGCACUCUUGGGUGUGUCUGCCAUGUUCCCUUUCUCUUCCUCUCUUUCCUGUCCUUCCACGUGAACACCUCUAGCACAAACAGAAGCUCUUACUCUUUCCUGUUUCAGUGUUACCUGCAUGCUUGAUUCGUUCGUCUGAUUUGUUGCCCAUCUCAGGGUAUGCACAGGCUGAGAUUUAGGCUCCUCUCUCCACUUGGGUUAGAGACUCCAAACAUUAGCCACUCGACCCUGGCUUCUGUUACAUCAGAAAGGGAUGACCUCCUUGGGGCUCUUGGGCAAGGGCUAAGGUCUGCAUCCUCAGCCCCUGGCAGCCCAGCCCCCACUGCUGUGAACUCCGGGGUCUGACUGGUCAGAACUUGCUGCUCUCUUGUUGUGGAUGGACAGAUGGACGAAUGGAUGGAUGGUGGAUGGAUGGAGAGCCACGGAUGCCCAAUGUCCUGCACACACAAACUGCUAAGUGGAAGCAUUUCAGUGAGCGUGACCACCUGCAGCAAGGAUAUAUGUGUCUCUGUGUGGACAAAAUCUUUACACGUUAAGGUUUGGAAAUAUUCAAGAUGAAAUGUCAUGGAAGCAGCGAAGCCAAGGACAAAGCCACAUCUGGAUUCUGAAUCUCAGGACGUAUGGAGGGCUGUGCUUGAAGGUCCUGUUGACUCAUCUGUUCAGGCCUUGGUUCAAUAAAGCACUGAGCAAGCUGAGUAACCAGCAUCAUGUCCUGUGGGCCUUUGACAGACCUUGGCAGACCCUGAUGGUGGGAUAGGGUGAGGACAGGUCAGCAGAUUGGGGCCAGAAGACUCCUGUGGAGGCAGCCUCACUUAACCUUCAUGUAGCUACUCCAGCACCUCUGAGCUCACCCUUCCUAAACUGCACCGGGAAAGCCAAAGUGACCCUGUCACUGCUCAAGAAUUGUCAGUGGCUCCCCACUGCCCUCAGGAUAAACUAAGAAGACUCCUGGCAUGGCCCUUUAGGACCUGGGCCCUCCCCAGCCCCACUUCUCACCUCUUUUGACUCAAAUCCCCAUACGUUGUUCUUCACAUUUCCUUGCUUUGCAUCUGUUGCAUGAUCAGGAAUGUUCUUCCUCAACUGUUAUUCCUCCUUUGAGACUCAAUUUCAAAUGUCACCUCCUCCUAGAAGCCUUCCUUCCUGCCCCAUUCAGAGAAAUGACUUUUCUCCAUAUCCCCAGCACCCAGCAGAGGUUCCACCACCUAGGAGAUGCCAAGUUCAAGAUCAAGAGAGUGGAAAAGGGCCAAUCUGGGAGAGCUGGUCCCAGGCCCAAACCUGGUAUCUCAGGAAAUUCCCUCAGAAUACCACUGCAGGGCACCCCGGCCCCCAAAUGCGAGUCUGUGAUUGUAGGGCUUCCUUUGCCCAUGUACAAAUAAGGUACUGCCUGAUACAGAGUGCAUACAAUAUGUCAGGCAUCAUUACCACUUUCUGCCAAAGUUCAUCUACCUUCUGAACUAGGCAGUGCCAGUGAUUAUUCACUCCAUUUUGCAGAUGGGAAAAUGGAGGCUAUUUCCUACCAGAGAAACAAGGGACUCCAGAUUCCUAGACUGAGUAUAAAUAACGCUUGCCCUGUCUCUAGCUUUUCCCCCAAGAUUCUUAUGCCCAAAGGCUGGGGCUUCCCCCCCCCCAACACACCCCUCCCACAAGGGCACAAUGGGUGGGGGGUGUUGGGGUGUGACUUUAAUGGUCUGAAGGUUCUAGGCCUUUGCUCGGGGAGGAGGGGCUCUGAAAGCUCCAGAAACCCUCUCCAUUGAGCAGGCAGGUGAUACCACGGACAACAUUUAUUUGGGCAAGGGGACUUGCCCCAGAAAAGGAAAAAUAUCUGUGUAGACCCCUGAGGAACAGGAAGAAACAGGGAGAGAGAGAGAGAGCCCUGGGCAGUCUCCAACAGAUUUGCCAGCUCCACUCUGCUUACAUGGUCUCGGGAAGCACCCCCACCCCCUUCCUGAUCAUACAACAGAGGAGGAAGCCUGCGGGAUGCUCAGAGAUGGCAUAUACUUGCCUCCACGUCACACAGCAGAUACAAGCCAAGCAAGCAUUUCAGCUGCCUGGGAUUCUCCCACUCCUCACCUGCUGCCUUGGUCCCAGCCAAGGGGGUGGGGUUAGGCUGCCUGGCUUCUGCUCUGGGUGUCCAAUUUCCACUCCAUGGGUCAGGAUCAGGCCACAUGGGGAGGAGGGAGCAAUGGGUGCUGAGUGUCUAACAAUGCCCAGGCUGUGUGCCAGGUGCUGACAUCUGAGGCUACAUCUGUCCCCAUCAUACCCACCAUCAGAAUCAUAGCUGUGGUCAUGGGGCAUUUAGACUGUUCCAGACACUUACUAUACAUAUUGUCUCCUAAGCUUACCAGGUAGGUAGAUAGCUCAUUUUAUAGGGGAAGAUGAGGAGGGGGCAGGGAGAGGGCCUUGGUUCAGCCAGGAAACAAAACUUUCCCCCAUAGAAGGUCCAAGGGAAUGCCAGAGGUUUGCCCCUCCAACUCAGGCCAGGUCCCCAUCUACUCCUGGGAAGUUCAGGGGCUGGGGCAGAGGUGUUCCAAUUCCUCCUCACCCCCAGCAAGAGAAGCUGUAACUUUCUUCCUGGAUGCUCAUAAAGGGGAGCAGAUCAGGCAAGGAAGCAGUUUAAAAACCUGGGCUGCUGGCCAGUUUUAAAGGUUGUUUUGCUUGGGCCAGGGCGGGGCAGGAAUUCCAGCCCAGGAGCAGCCAUGUGCAGCCUGCUUACAUAGUUAAAGAGCUUCGUGGAGCCAGGCGCAGGCGGGGAGCUGGCCAAGUCAGUGGGCACCGGUGGGGUCUGGACAUCAUCUGAGUUGCUCACUGGGUCACUUGUAAUAACAAUUUUUAAAAAACAGAUUAUUUUUAAGAUUUUAUUUGUCAGAAAUAGAGCGAGCACAAGCAGGGGGAGGGGCAGAGGCAGAGGGCGCUCUCUCCACCCCCAGCA